AUGGCUGUGGAGGAACUUCAGUCUAUAAUAAAGAGAUGUCAAAUCCUAGAUGAACAAGACUAUAAAGAAGAAGACUUUGGUCUAUUUCAGUUAGCAGGCCAAAGAUGCAUAGAUGAAGGGCAUAUAGACCAGUUAUUGGCAAUUAUUCAACAUGAAAAGAACAAGCUACUGCCCCCUUUUAGAUAUACAGCUUCUACAAUUAUAGGUUUUUUACUAGCUGUUGGAGACCCUCUCUCCAAAAUGAUUUUUAAUUAUGGGAAGAAAAAGAGGAUCUGGAAACACCUUGAAUUUGAAGAAGAAGAAGACAAACAGUUAGCAGAUGCGAUGGCUUCUCUGGCAUAUCUAGUAUUUGUACAGGGUGUCAGUAUCGAUCAGCUUCCAAUGGUUUUAAGUCCAUUGUACCUUUUGAAAUUUAAUAUGGGGCAUGUUGAAGUCUUUUUGCAAAGAACAGAAGAGUCAGUUUUCUUCAAAGGAUUGGAUCUGCUGGAGUAUAGUUUAUUAAGAAUAGAAGACAACCACUUACUUCACCAGUACUUAGAAAUCAAGUGUUUUCUUACUGUGCCUCAGGGCUUAGUAAAAAUAAUGACGCUUUGCCCCAUUGAGAUAUUGAGGAAAAGGGGUCUAACUCUGCUACAGCUAUAUAUUAAUAAGUUGGAUUCACAAGGCAAAUAUACAUUAUUUAGGUGCUUAUUGAAUACAAGUAACCAUUCAGGAGUAGAAGCCUUUAUUAUUCAAAAUAUAAAAAAUCAAAUUGAUGUAUCAUUAAAGAGAUCACAUAACAACAAAUGGUUUACAGGACCACAGCUGAUGCCCCUUCUAGAUUUGGUACUCUCUCUCCCAGAGGGUGCUGAAACAGACCUACUGCAAAACUCAGAUAGGAUUAUGGCUUCAUUAAAUUUAUUGAGAUAUUUGAUUAUCAAAGACAAUGAAAAUGACAAUCAAACUGGAUUAUGGACAGAACUCAGAAGGAUUGAGAAUAAUUUCUUAAAACCACUCCAUAUAGGACUGAAUAUGUCAAAAGCACAUUAUGAAGCAGAAAUAAAAAAUAACCAAGAAAAUAGCCACGAGGUCCGGAAAUCUAAAGAUAUCUGUUCUAUAACUGUAUGUGGAGAAGAGAUCCCUAAUAUGCCUCCUGAAAUGCAGCUUAAGGUCCUACAUUCAGCUCUCUUCACAUUUGAUUUGAUUGAAAGUGUUCUGGCUCGAGUAGAAGAACUCAUUGAAAUAAAAACAAAGUCUACCUCUGAAGAAACUGUUGGAAUAAAGUGA